AUGGCAUGUGCAGAUGUCCAAAUUUACGAAGAUGACCCCCCACUGGCCAGGGCUUGUCCUUCCAUGGAAGAUCUCUGGAGGAAGAAUGAGCUCACCGACGUAGAGAUAGAAGUGAGUCGAGGGUGAUUUCAAGCUUCAUUUUGAACAACUCUGCGUUUUUUUUUCAGUUGUCAAAGUGCCAGAGUAUGAGCGCACACAGAUUCGUCUUGGCGGCGCGAGUGCCACAUAUCCGGCGGCUACUUAGCCAGAAUGCCGGCGAAGGUGGAGCUUUGCUUCAAUGGAGGACGGUGCCGAAGUCGUAGGGUUCUAGCUCAACGACUCACUCGUUUACGUCAGUAUUCUAGAGCCUCUCAUGGAGUACUUUUAUACAGGGAAACUGAAGAUUUCGGAGAUAACUGCAAAAGGCAUUCUCAUGUUGGCGAAGAUGCUAGAACUGGAGACCAUUGAACAGUGGGCAGUCGACUUUAUUACUGGACGGUAAAGCUGCUUGUUUUUGGACCAUACGAAUGUUGUUUUUUUACAGAAUCAACGUAGGGAACAUUGAGGAUAGGUUGCGGUUCGCCCGACGCGUUCAGAACAAAGCUCUCACUCAUGCCUGUCUCUCAUUCAUGAGGUCGGCAUAUGAGGAAACAGUUGCUACCGAGGUCUUCCUAGAACUGCCUGCGGAAGCAUUACUGAGUCUGCUACGAGAUGACAACUUGAAGGUUUCCAGUGAGGAGGCAGUUUUCCAAUCACUGGUCCGGUGGGUUAAGCCAGACUGUGCGUAUGACAAGACUCGGCUGCAAGUGCUGCCUGAAUUGCUGAGAGAAAUACGGUGGGCAGAGACCUCUGAGAACUUUCGGCAGGAAGCUGCGAAGGAGGCAAUAAUGACAGAAUAUCCGUCUUGCAUGUAAGAACGUUCGCCUUUCUACCAACUUUUACAAAGGGACUUCUUGCGUCAGGUUAAUCUGUUUAUUGACCGUCCGGACAGAAAGUCGUGCCCCUAUAAUUUGACGCCCCGAAAUUCCCAAAUCGUAGUAUAUGGACAGGCGGUUAACGGCGACGGUCAGUGGGUCUGCCACACAUACGAUCCGAAAACUGGUCUCGGGCGCGUGCUGGGCCGAGUUAAGCGACGUUCCCACGCGGCACUUGUCUGUCUAAGAGGUGAGAGGCACCGACCGCAUUCCCUAAUUUGUAAUCCUACCCUCAAGGUCAGGGUCAAGGUCACUGCUUACUGCUCUGUGUGACACCGGCUCGCAUCAAGCCAGUCUUCUGUGGCUAUUCGGCAGAAGAUGCCGGACAGUGGUUGGCUUGAUGCUGUCGGCAUCUACAUAAUACCCCCCCCCGCCUCCCAUCUCAGUCUCUCCUUUCUUUUCCAGGAGGUCGGAUUCUUCUGGUUGGCGGUCGUAUAGGAGAAAAUAAACUGGAAAAUGCCACCACUCGAGUGGAUGAACUGGACGUCCACAGUGGUCAAUGGAAGGUUCUCGCGCCGAUGAAGAUCCGACGUGGCGAGGGUCACACGGCGACUGUGGUGUCUACCAGCGGUCAGCAAAACCAGAUGGUCGUCGUCUGUGGAGGACGGGAUGAGAGCCAGAGAGACCUCGCCUCUUGUGAAAUGUACGAUCCGCGCGAGAACCGGUGAGUACAGCGGCAGAGGAGCUGCUCUAAUUUGCCAUCAGAACAACCUCCCACUCCCCUCCCAGUUCCUGAAUCCCUGAAUCUAUUCCUCCAGUUGGCAAUACCUGCCGGACAUGCGAAGGAAGCGCUGCGGAGCGGCCGCAGCCGUUCUGCCCGAUGGGCGUCUCUUCCUUAUUGGCGGCCUGGGCGACGCCGCAGAUUCAGUGGAGUUCUGCCGGCCAACAGAAGGCCGGACAAUAUGGACUUCCCUCUUCCCCGGUGGCUUUUGGCGAGACUUGUCAGUGGGCGCUGGGCGCCGCUUCGACAAUUCGGCAGCGGCGGCUUUCCGCGGCGACUUAUUUGUAGUCGGUGGGUUUCCUGCCAGUAGAGCGCGGGAUGUGGAAGUCUUCCAUCCAGGCGACCUCGACAACGACCAAUGGGCGACCGGCCAGUGGACGUGCGGACAGCGGAUGAACAGACCGCGCGCCGUUUCUUGCAGCCUUCUUGUCCACCGCGAUAGGCUGUUUGCUCUUGGCAGCGGCUACCGUAUGCAAGCCUUGCAUAUUAUCAAAAUAAUAUACCAUCAUACCAUACCAUAUUACCUCUUAGUCAACCACACAUCCAUUUUUCACGUUAUACAUACAGUAGGUGGGCUAAGUCAUGAAAUGUCAACCGAAAUUUUGAAAGGCUUCUAUGUUUUAAAAAGACUAAUAAAGUAAGGUUAUAAAACUAAUCACUAUGAAGCAUAAUUCUUUAAUAAUUCAGUUACCUCAGGAUGCCGGCUUUCGAACGAAAUUCUUUCCGACUGCUUGAAAAAACUAUACUCUGUUAAAAAAUGACUACGUAAGCAGCAUGCAUUCUCCUCACUGAUUUUCGGUGGCUUUGAAAAUUUUACUAAAUUCCAUGUAAGACAUAUAUACAAAUAUUAAUUCUCAUGCUCAUUCGGUAGAAGACGACGUCUUCUUCCAAUUUUAUACUCGAAAGCAGAGUAUAAUUCGGUUUUAAAAAUGUUUCAUACUGUGAGAUUUUUUAAUACCGUGAAAUGCCCGUUCAGAUAACAUUAUCCAUGUGGCUUGUAAAUUCAACGAUAUGUCUUAAAUUCACUGGUAAAUUUAAUUAGCCCCAUAUGGUCCCCUCUUAAUACCGUAGAGAAAUGUAUGGUUUUCCCUACGCGGAAAAUAAACGGCUUUUAGUUAGGAAACCCUGAAUGCAAGUGUAACGGCAGGUCGGGCUUCAAAAUUCUUCGGGAAUCGAAAAAGUUCUUUAAAACCGAAUUAUACCCUCCCUUCAAGUAUGAAAUUGGAAGAAGACGUCAUUUUCCACCGAAUGAACAAAAAUAAUGAAUAUCUGCAUGCACUUUUUCCAUGUGAUAUAAUUAAAUUUUUAAGGACAUCGUAAAUCAGUGAGAAAGAUGUAUGCUGCUCAAUUUGCCAUAUUUUACAGAGUAUAGAUUUUGCAUGCAGUCUGAAAGACGUUUGUUCGAAAGCCGGCGUGCUGGCGUAACUGAAUUAUUAUAGAAUUACGCUGCACAAUGGUCAGUUAUACAACCCUACUCCAUUAAUCUUUUCAAAACGAAGAAGCAUUUCGGAAUUUCGGUUAACAUUUUAUGAGUUAGCCCACCUACUGUAGCAUCUUAGUAGUGCAUAUGUUCGACGUAGAGUGGCAUACCUCACGUAACACUGACCGACAUUCUGAAAUGCAAAUUCAUUUUGAGUAGAUCGCUUAAGUGGAUUUGCAAUAUCGUUUAUCGUAUAACAUGCUCCCAAGAUAUUUUAAUCACGCCAGGAUGUCGGAUUUUUGAUGCACUUCUCUCUGAUGGUAUGAAAAAGCACACUCACUACAAGAUGGCGACAUAAGUAGUUGGCAUUCAGUCCAUUUAUUUCCGAUGGCCUCAUAAAUUUAAACACAUUCGAAAGAAAACAUGCCUAAAAAAUAUCUCUUUCUAUACCUGCGGAUCAGCAAAUCACAUCUACGACAAUAUUUCACCCCAAGUAGGGGUAUUCUUCUUUUUAAAAAUAAUCGUAAUUACAAGACGUUUUAAGGCUGCCUAAUGUGCAUAUAAACGGCAUAGUAGGUGUGCAUUUAUUAAUGCUCUUUAUGAAGCAUAUAACAUGCUCCACGUUCAUUGUAGAAUGCUUUGAGUUUCAUAGUAUAGAAGAAUUUAUAAUUUAUUUCCACACAUGGAAAGCAUACAGUUCAUUUUUUAGGACCCCUAAUGUAAACGCAAUGGCAGUUCGGCUUCAAAAGUUAUCGGAAAUCGAGAUUUGUUCUGUCUAUGUAUUUGACUGCAAUUGUUCGCUUAGCCUUUCGUUCUGCCAGGUUCAAGGCCUUCAGCAGAUAUAGGUUUUAAACAAGGUAUCCCCUAUUUUCUUAGCUUGGAUUCUGCUAACACUACUGUUGUACGCACCACAACGCAACCAAAGCUUCCACUGGGUUCUAGAAAUGCCUUCUACCUGACUUCCUGUCAGAUGUUUUGCAAACGUUUUUAAAUAUGUCCUCGAAUACCUUUCACUCACCAGCAUCGGCGCAGAACACGGUCGAGGAGUUCGUGCCCCGAAACGGCGCCAAAGCAGAUUCCUCACCGGACGACUUCUGUGCUUGGCAGUGGGAAGAAAGACCGUCGCCAGCCAACAUCCGCGACAUUUGGGGAGCUGGCAUCCUCCGUUUCUGA